ACAAAAGCGACUCUUGAGAUUAAAAGAAACCCUAAAAUCCUUUCCGCUCCUUAAUCUUCUUCACUCUCGCUCGUCUACUUCCUUCCAUUUCCGAAAAUUCAAACCUUGUGCUAAUGGCCAACCUCGAACAAUCUCAGAGUCGGUGUGUCUUUGUGAAUACGAACCUUGAAACCUAUGUUGGGGUUCUCCUCGGCAAAGAUGAAACAAGCUCUGAUUUCAAAGAAAAUUUACUCAAGAAGCAUCAGGAAUGCUAUCCUGAGAUUGGUGAAAUCGAAAUUUCUGCUCUGAAGGUUAAAUGCCGAAAUCGGUUCUUUCAUUGCCAUGAUUCAGCGAUUUUGAGUAAAGUUUUUCAAGGCAUCAUUAGUGACUGGUAUGUGUAUGUGGAUGCUGUCAAAGUAGCAAUCGUUGAAAACAAUGAGCCUCUUGAGACUGAGAAGGAGAAGGAGGUGGAGACUGCAACAAAGAAGAGAAAAAGGGAAACUUUGGAUGGAGAAACAAGUGGGAAGAAGAUGCACUCAGAUGUGACUGAGAGUAAGGAGUUGUGUGAAAAAGUAGAGGCUGAAGUUGAAGAUACUUUCAUAGCUUCCGGUUCUCAGAUUGUUGAAGAUUCUCAUCAGAGAAACUAUGGAAAGGGAGAAGGUGAUCAGGAUGUUUCGAGAGAGGAAGGUGUUGUUGGUGACGUAAACACGAGUAAGAAUAAGAUGAGGAAGAACAAGCAGAAGAAAAAAAAGCCUAGCGAGUCUGAGAAGAUUGAGAAGACUGAUGAUGAUGUUCCUGUACAAAGGAAUGAGGAAAAAGCAGACUUAGUCGGGGAAGCAUCGUUAUCAAGCUCUGUGUUAGUAAACAAUAGCGUGAGUCAAGGAGUAGAUUCAAGUAGAUGCACAUGUCAAAGUUUCAUAAGCAGAAAGCUGAUUGUAUUGGAUUUGAACGGAAUCCUCGCUGAUGUUGUUUAUGGGUCUAAUGUUCAACGCGCUCCAGAUAGUCAUGUAGCAGGCAGAUCAGUUUUCGAGAGACCUUUUCUUGGUCCUUUUCUUGACUUCUGCUUUGAGAGAUUUGAAGUUGGGAUAUGGUCUUCCAGGCGCACUGGAUUGGAAUCUUUGAUUUACAACAUCUUGAAGACCUAUUCGAAAAAAGUGUAUUUCUGUUUCGAUCAAGGUAUGUGCACUACCACAAGGUUCAAGACUCUGGAGAAUAGUUCAAAACCUCUAUUCCUUAAGGAUCUAAGAAGAGUGUGGGAGCGUGUAGGGACAUGUGUCAGUUGUGGCAAAGUAAAAUACGAUGAGUCAAACACCUUAUUGAUUGAUGACUCACCCUACAAGGCUUUGUGUAAUCCUCCACACACUGGAAUCUUUCCUCUCCCGUACAAGUACUCAGACCAUGAAGAUUCUGUGUUGGCUGGUGAGCUAUUAACGUACUUGGUAAAGUUAGCGGACGUGGACAAUGUUCAAAAGUUUGUAGCGGAGAAUCCUAUUGGCCAGGCGGCCAUAAGUGAGACACAUGAAUCUUGGGAGUUCUACUCUCAGGUGAUCGAGGAAUAUAAGUAAAUCUAUCCAGGGGACUAAUGACUGACUAAGCUAGGUUCUAAUUUAUAACUCUUUGGAAUGAUGUAAUGGUGAAGUGAUUAUGCGUUUUUUGUUAUCUAAAAACUGCUAAAAGCAUUUUCCAGAGAAUCCAUCGACCCUUCAAGGGCAUUUUGUAGCUAUUGUUAAUUUCUGGAAUGCAUUUGAAUCAAAUAUGAGAUU